UCCCCUAAAAAGUCUUGUCAUCAGUCGUCUUUCUUGCUUCUCGCUCAUCGCCACACCUAUCGUUGUAUCAUCGUCUUCUUUUCAUUGCAACUUAUAUUUAUUAAACUCUUUCUCUGUUUUUAUAUAAAUAAUGUUUGUGCGGUAGUAAGUAUUAAAUAAACUUAGAGCUUUGAAACCGAGACGCAUGCAAAAACCUCAUCAUGAUGUGGGUGUCCUCUCUGGCCAGGCCCCCUGCUUUUCAUUCUCUCUCAUAUUCCUUUGCCUUACGCUACCGCAUUUUCUCUACCCCCUGUUUUUCUGUUUUUAUGCUUUUACCGCUUCUCCUUUUUUAUGCUUUCCAUGAGGUUUUCUUUCACUGUUUCACACUAUUACCAUCGACAUUGAAUUUUCCGAAGCACUCGAAAGGGCAAACAAGCCAAUUGCUUAAAACCCAAUUUGAAGAAAAAAACCAAAAAAUUUCUCCCACUUUCCUCCUUUAGUCUGCAAAGUGAAGUGGAAGUCUGUCUCUCUGUUUCAAAAGUGAAAAAGCCCAAAUCACGAACCAAUGAAAAUCCUUAGAAAAAGACGAAAAAUACAAAAUCCCAAACUCUAAUGAGUUGAAAAAACCCCUCAAAAGGUUAAAUCCCAUCAACGUAUAACUCUGUCCCUGCCCAUUCUACCUUUUUUUUUUUCUCUACCUUCUUCGUAUCACCAUCACCACCACAGCAAUAUCCUCCACUGUUGUUUUUCUUUUUCUUUUAUAUCUCUUUUUGUUGUUUUCUAAAUCCGUUUAUUUUUUUGCUCGUUCAAAAAAAAAAAAGAGAGAGAAAAUCUCUCAUGGUGAAAGGGAAAGCUCUAGUUUUUGGUGAUUAAAUCCCUGGAAAGAAAGAAACGAUGUUUCAGAGGUUAGGUACGAUUUGGGUCUUUCCCGAAAUGGAGAUCGGCCAAGCGGUAUCGUUAAAGAUGGUUCUUUGGCGUUAAACUGGAGAGAUCUCUUUUCCAGCCAGAGAGACAAAAAAAGGGUGCUUUGAAUCCAGAGAAAAGUCAAGCGUCUCAAUGCUUCUUUUGUUUUUCUUUUGCCCGUUUAACUUUUAGGAGGCGUCUUGGUGACUCAGAAUCGGAAGGCUGGUUGAGUGGCAUCAGUAACUCGGUCCAAGAAGAAAGCUUUUUUUUUUUGUUUGUAGGAAAAAUGGUUGGUUGAAUCAGAUCGGCUCUUUGAGAUAGGAGGCUCUGAUCUCGAAAGAUAUUAAGAGAUUUUUCUUGGUUUUUGGGCUGUCCUUAAAUAGUGCCAAAAAAGCAAGGUCCGAGGAUAACUCUAUCCCCAAUCAGGAUAUCGUUGUCCCAUUUCGGGUUUUAUCUUUCUCUUUCUUUUCUUUAUCCUAAGCAUUUCACAAUCAAGCAUCAAUUCCAGAGUUGUAAGAUUUAGGUACCUAUGGUGAAAACCUAGUUGAAAAUAAAAAUCCAUUUGUGUCCUCUUCAUCUUCAAGCUAUGAAGUAACUCAAAGAAGAGAGGGACAAAAAAAACCCCGCUUUUCUCUUAGUCCGUUUUGGUGGGUUUAUGUAAAAAUUGUGAACUUUGGUUUUUAGAUUUUUAGUACUUUUGCUCAGUUCCUUGUGAUAUAAGGAAAGAAAGUUGCAAAAAGUUGUGUAAAGUUGUGUGCUUUUUAGGAAAGGAAGGUUAUUUGUAGUUUUUGGGUAAUUGCAAAAUUCUGAGGGUGAAGUUUGAAGGAUGGCAAUGUCCUGCAAGGAUGGUAAACCUGGGAGCCUGGAUAAUGGGAAAUAUGUAAGGUACACACCUGAGCAGGUUGAGGCCCUGGAAAGGCUUUAUCAUGAAUGCCCCAAGCCUAGUUCGAUUCGUAGACAGCAGGUGAUUAGGGAAUGCCCUAUUCUCUCCAACAUUGAGCCUAAACAGAUCAAAGUUUGGUUCCAAAAUAGAAGAUGUAGAGAGAAGCAGAGGAAAGAGGCAUCACGCCUUCAAGCUGUAAAUAGGAAGCUGACAGCGAUGAACAAGCUUUUGAUGGAGGAGAAUGAUAGGUUGCAGAAGCAGGUGUCACAGCUGGUGUAUGAAAAUGGCUAUUUUCGCCAACAUACUCAGAAUGCGACAAUGGCUACCAAAGAUCCAAGCUGUGAAUCCGUGGUGACGAGUGGUCAACACCACGUGACACCUCAGCAUCCGCCGAGAGAUGCUAGUCCUGCAGGGCUUUUGUCCAUUGCAGAAGAGACUUUAGCAGAGUUUCUUUCAAAGGCCACUGGGACUGCUGUAGAGUGGGUCCAAAUGCCUGGAAUGAAGCCUGGUCCGGAUUCCAUUGGAAUCGUUGCUAUUUCUUAUGGUUGCACUGGAGUGGCAGCACGUGCCUGCGGCCUUGUGGGUCUUGAACCUACGAGGGUUGCAGAACUCCUCAAGGAUAAGCCUUCGUGGUUCCGCGAUUGCCGAGCUGUGGAUGUUCUAAAUGUGCUGCCUACUGCCAAUGGUGGAACCAUUGAGCUGCUGUACAUGCAGCUCUAUGCGCCAACAACAUUGGCGCCUGCUCGUGACUUCUGGUUGUUGCGUUAUUCCUCAGUUCUAGAAGAUGGAAGCCUCGUGGUCUGUGAGAGGUCGCUUAAAAAUACUCAAAAUGGCCCUAGCAUGCCCGCAGUGCAACAUUUUGUGAGAGCAGAAAUGUUGCCAAGUGGAUACCUUAUUCGGCCUUGUGAAGGGGGUGGUUCAAUCAUGCACAUUGUUGAUCAUAUGAAUUUGGAGCCAUGGAGUGUGCCAGAAGUGGUGCGCCCACUUUAUGAAUCAUCAGCAGUGCUUGCUCAAAAGACAACAAUGGCAGCUCUACGACAACUGAGACAGAUAGCUCAGGAGGUUUCUCAGCCUAAUAUGACUGGUUGGGGCCGACGACCAGCAGCCUUACGAGCUCUUAGCCAGAGGUUAAGCAGGGGUUUUAAUGAGGCUCUCAAUGGUUUUACUGAUGAGGGGUGGUCGAUGAUGGGAAAUGAUGGCAUGGAUGAUAUUACUAUCCUUGUGAACUCAUCUCCAGACAAGCUAAUGGGCCUCAAUCUUUCCUUUGCUAAUGGAUUUCCAUCUGUUAACAAUGCAGUCUUAUGUGCUAAAGCAUCUAUGCUUUUACAGAAUGUACCUCCUGCAAUCCUUCUCCGUUUUCUGCGGGAGCACAGAUCGGAAUGGGCAGACAGCAGCAUUGAUGCCUACUCUGCUGCAGCUGUUAAAGUUGGUCCAUGUAAUUCACAAGGGUCUCGAGUAGGAGGUUUUAGCGGUCAAGUUAUACUUCCCCUGGCACAUACCAUAGAGCAUGAAGAGUUCUUAGAGGUCAUUAAGUUGGAGGGAAUUGUACACUCUCCUGAAGACACAAUAAUGCCAAGAGACAUUUUUCUCUUGCAACUAUGCAGUGGAAUGGAUGAAAAUGCUGUGGGCGCCUGUGCUGAGCUUAUAUUUGCUCCCAUAGAUGCUUCUUUUGCUGAUGAUGCACCUCUUUUGCCUUCUGGUUUUCGCAUCAUUCCUCUUGAUUCUAGGAAGGAAGCCUCUAGUCCAAAUCGCACUCUUGACCUUGCUUCUGCUCUUGAGAUUGGGCCAGCUGGAAAUAAAGCAUCCAGUGAUUACUCUGCUAAUUCUGGCUGUAUGAGAUCUGUGAUGACCAUAGCCUUUGAGUUUGCCUUUGAGAGUCACAUGCAAGAACAUGUAGCAUCCAUGGCCCGACAAUAUGUCCGCAGCAUUAUAUCUUCAUUUCAGAGGGUGGCAUUAGCACUUUCUCCUUCUCAUUUAAGUUCAUAUGCUGGUCUUCGAACCCCACUGGGUACUCCUGAAGCACAGACACUUGCUCGAUGGAUCUGCCAGAGUUACAGGCUCUACAUGGGUGUUGAGCUGCUCAAAUCUAGCGGCGAAGGGAGUGAAUCCAUCCUCAAGACCUUGUGGGAUCACUCAGAUGCCAUCAUGUGCUGCUCUCUUAAGGCAUUGCCCGUAUUUACCUUUACAAAUCAGGCUGGGCUUGACAUGCUGGAGACAACCCUGGUUGCUCUGCAGGACAUAACUUUGGAGAAGAUAUUUGAUGAUCAUGGAAGAAAGACUCUCUGCACGGAGUUCCCACAGAUAAUGCAACAGGGUUUUGCUUGUCUACAAGGUGGGAUCUGUUUGUCAAGCAUGGGAAGACCAGUUUCAUAUGAGAGAGCAGUGGCUUGGAAGGUGUUGAAUGAAGAAGAGAAUGCUCAUUGCAUCUGCUUUAUGUUUGUCAACUGGUCAUUUGUCUGAACUUUAGGACCAGAAAAAACUACUCUUGAACUGUGUUUUAUGUUUUGUUGGCUUGUUUUUCUUUAGCCCGUAAAACCCUUAUAAUACUCUUCUGGCCUGUUUUUCCUCUGUACUUUAAGACUUCCUAAUGUUACUGGAAAUCUUAUGCUGAAUCACUUGAUUGAGGAUGCUUGUAAACUAAAUUCAGGAUUUGAGAGUGAGCUUAGUUAGGUUUGGUCUAGACCGUGGACCAGGCAAGUCGGUAGGAUCUAAAUUUCCUAGCCAUAAGCAAGUCCACUAAAAGAGUAUGGCAGGGUUCAUUCAGUCCACAAGAAAUAUGUUUUCGUUUAAGGGUUAUGCUUCAAUUAUUUUUCUGUUGAA